GAAAAGCCGAGAGCCUUGAGGUUGCUUCAGUUGACAAACCCCGGGCGGUCUCUCCGUGUUUGCACCUCUGAUCUUGUGCUCAAAGCUAGUCUAAACAUGGAGUACAGUACCUUAGAACUCAAUGUUAUCUCUGCCAGGGACAUCAAAGAUGUCAAGUACCUCUUCUCCAAGAUGGAUGUAUACGUCGUUGUCUCGCUCUCCGGAAGCAAGCAAAAAAUCAAAACCAACGUUGACCGAGAUGGUGACACCAGCCCCUCGUGGAACUUCCCGAUGAAAUUCAUCAUCGACGAUUCUGCAGCCUCAAGAAACCUCCUGACUCUCGAGUUCAAACUCCGCCGUGGUCGUAGCCUAGGGGGCGACAAAGACAUCGGUGAAGUUUACGUGCCCAUCAUAGAGCUUCUCAACUCUACAGGGGACAGUAAGUCCAACAUACAGUUUGUGAGUUAUCAGGUGACCAGACCAUCGGGAAAGCCCAAAGGUGUACUAAACUUUUCGUACAAGUUUAGCGGGAAAGUGGCUGCCGGUGAGCCCCUAAAGCCGAAGGCUAUGGCCCCUGAGCCCGUUGCUGCAUAUCCUGCUGCAUCGGUGGCAGAGCCUAGUGCACCACCAUAUGAUGUGCUAUAUCCUGAGAGUGCUCCUCCUCCUCCUCCUCCUCCUCCGGAAGGAUAUUUAUAUGCUCCCCCAGCACCUCCAUACCAGCCAUAUGGUUAUGGGUACCCGCCACCUCCACCGGGAUAUGGGUAUCCACCUCCACCGGGUUAUGGGUACCCACCGGUGCAACAACCGGUGCCGAUCGAAGAAAAACAAGUUUGGGAUGGGGUUGGGAGCCGGAUUGCUGGGAGGAAUGCUUGGAGGGCUGUUGAUUGGAGAUUUUAGUGUCUGAUGGAGCUAAUUGUG